AUGUUUUGAUUAAUUAUAUUCGCUUAUUGUUAAUUUACUUUCGAUAAACUGAUUUAAAGUGAACUUGAUUAGUUAAAUUAUGGAUCUACCUGAUGAUCUCUGGGUGGAAACAAAAGCCGGUGGUGAUAAGGUUUAUUACUACAAUGCUAAAACCCGAGAAACAUGUUGGACUAAACCAGAAAAUGCAAAGAUAAUCACCCAAGAGCAAUUGGUUACCUUUCAGCCAUCAACUAAUAAUUUUGUUAAUCAAGAUGGUAUUAAGAAAGACGAUCCAAUUCUAGUGAAUAAUAAUAAUACUGGUGUUGGAUUAAUUGGCGGUGAUUCUUCUGGACAAUCUUUACCGGUUACUUUACAAACUAAGCCACCAUUUCAAAGUCAACAAUCCCACAACCCUUGUUACCAUCUUCAGCUGUGACAGCACCAGGAAUUGUUCCUGGGGUAUUACCUGUAGCCGGAGUUUUACCAGGAGUAGCAACAGGAACAGGAGUUCCCUUAGUGGCACCCGUGGUUCCAGGAGCAGCAUUGAUAUCACCGGUGACUGGUUCAACUGUUACAUCAGUAACUACUAACCCAGUUCCCUUACCUGUUCCAGCUACUAUAACAUCUCAACCACCCCCACAUCUUUUACAUCAUGUUCAUGCAAACCAAUCUGUUCCCACGGGAACAUUACCCGGGGUCGCUGGUACACCGGCUACACCUUUCAUGGCACAGCCCUUCAAUCCUGCGCUAAUGGCUCCUGGGAUCGCACCAGGUUUACCUAAUCCAGCUAUGCUUCAAAAUUUUUCUCCUUUUAGUGUUCCACCGGCUGUUGCCUUGAAUCCGGCUCAAGCCGCUAUGUGGGCUAAUCCAAUGUUAGGUAAUGUUGGCAGCAUUGACCCUGUAAGGCAAGCACUUAUGUUACAUGUAGACUCAGAAAUCAAAGCAGCGGCAGCAGAAUGGACUGAAUACAAAACACCUGAAGGAAAACCCUAUUAUUUCAGUUCGAAAACAAAACAAUCAGUUUGGGAGAAACCGAAAGGUCUAACUGAUCUCGAAGAGGCAAUUAACAAAGUGAAAAUUCAACAAGAAGAAUUGGCCAAAGCGAAUAAAUCAAAUCAAGGUAACAGUGAGGUAAGAAUUGAAAGUGGAACAGAGACAAAUAAUGCUCAUGCAAAUGGAGAAAAUUCAACUGAAGAUAAAAGCGCCGAGAAAAAGCCUGAACAACCAAGAGACAAAUCAAAACCAAUUUCAAGUACUCCAGUUCCAGGAACUCCUUGGUGUGUUGUUUGGACUGGUGAUAAUAAAGUCUUCUUUUACAACCCUAGUACCAAAACUUCAGUUUGGGAGAGACCCACCGACCUCAAGAAUAAGCCUGAAGUUGAUAAAUUGGUUAAAGCUCCACCCAAACCUGAUGAUCCAUCUGAUUCACCACCACAAGAGAAACGAUCUGCUGAAAAUGAGGGUGAAAAAGUCGUAAAGAAACAAAAAAAAGCCGAAGAGGAAAUGGAAAAGGAAAAUAAAAAAGAUCCAUCAACUGAUAUUCAAAUAAUCGCUGCCAAACAGCGAGAGACGAUUCCACUGGAAGAACGGAUUCAAAUGUUUCGAGCUAUGUUAGUCGAGAAGGAGGUUUCGGCUUUUUCAACUUGGGAAAAAGAGCUUCAGAAAAUCGUAUUUGAUUCGAGAUACCUUUUACUCACAUCGAAGGAGCGAAAACAAGUAUUUGAUAAGUAUGUCAAGGAAAAGGCUGAAGAAGAGCGACGGGAAAAGCGUCAAAGGAUAAAACAACAGAGAGAUGAGUUUAGAAAAUUAUUGGAAGAAUAUAAUGUUUCAUACAAAACAAGUUUCCAUGAAUUCGCUCACAAGAAUUCUAAGGAUGAGCGAUUUAGGGCAAUUGACAAACAAAAAGAUCGUGAGAAUCUAUUUAACGAUUAUAUUUCUGAAUUGAGACGCAAAGAGAAGGAGGAAAAAGCCGCCCAACGAGAAAAGGCGAAACAAGGGUUUAUUGAGCUUCUGAAAGAACAGAAAAACUUGGACAAAUAUUCCAAGUGGUUCGACGUAAAAGACAAGAUUCGAGAUGAUGCUCGGUACAAAGCAUUGGACUCUAGUAGUGCUCGCGAAGAUACAUUUAAAAGCUAUGUCAGUGGUCUAUCAUCAUCUUCAUCUCAUAAUCGAAAUGACGGAAAAGAUGAUGAUCGUAAAAAUGAUUCAAAUGAUCAUGGAAAAGAUGCUCGAGAAAAGGAGAAACAGGAAGCAAUUGAAGCCAGUUUACGAGAACGUGAGAAGGAAGUUGCUCGUGAACUGUCCACCCAUCUUCGAGAACGUGAUAAAGAACGAGAACAGCAUAAACACGCUGAAGCAGUGGAACAUUUUAAUGCACUAUUAACUGAUCUCAUUCGUAAUCCUGAUGUUUCCUGGAGAGAAGGUAAAAAGAUGUUGAAAAAAGAUCACCGAUGGGAUAUUGUCGAUUCUCUUGAACGAGAUGAACGAGAAAAAUUAUUCAAUGAUCACAUAGACAAUCUUUAUAAAAAGAAAAGGGAAAAAUUCCGUGAACUUUUGGAAGAAGUUCGUGAAAUAACAUUAACCUCCUCCUGGAGAGACAUUCGACGAUCUAUUAAAGAGGAUGCCCGAUAUACCAAAUUUUCAUCUAGUGAUAGAAAAUGUGAACGUGAAUUCAAGGAAUACAUGAAAGAUAAAUUGACGCUCGCCAAGAAUCAGUUUAAAGAACUUUUGAAAGAGACCAAAAUAAUAACAUACAAAUCAAAGAAAAUGAUCGAAGACUCGGAACAACAUUUACAAGAUAUUGUCGCUAUUCUGCAAAACGAUAAACGAUACCUCAUCUUGGAUUGUAUUGAAGACGAACGUCGACAUCUUCUAAUGUCCUACAUUGACGAUUUAGAUCGAAAAGGACCACCGCCGCCUCCAACAGCAUCCGAACCAGUUCGACGAACAGCUAAAUGAUGAUCAACACUUUAGCCAAACAAUUAGAAUUUAAUGUUCCCUUGAAUUCUUGCACAGAUGAACAAGAUAAACACUUGUCAUUCCUUUCUUUAAUUUGUUUCUCUUUUAUGCCAACCUUGAUUCUCUAAUCAAUUUUCACAUUUCUCUCUCUCUCUCUCUCUCUCUCUCUCUCUCUCUCUCUCUCUCUCUCUCUCUGAUUUCUACUUUAUCUUGACCCCUGCGAACGCUCUUCGAGAUUAUCUGAGACUUUUCUCACUAUAAAUUUAUACAUAUUCUAUUCUAGUGGUAAUUGCAACUAUCUCUCUCUCUCCCUCUAAGUUUUCUCAAAGUUGUAUAAUUUCCCAAUCUAAUCCAAUUUCAUUUCACCUUCGUCUUUUCCUCUAUCAUUUCUAAAUAUUUUUUGCCAUGAUACGAUUUUCAUCGAAACAUUUUUGCAUCAAACUUUGAAAGUCUUUUGCUUUAGUGAAUCUUUCUAAACAAAACUAUAUGUACAUGAACAGUGUAACUCGAGACAAGUCGAUUGACUCGAAUGUUUUCAAAAUAAAUUAAAAAGCAAAAUCA